AUGAAAAUGCUACGUUGGUCUGGAAGAGUUUCUAGAACAGAUAAAAUAAGAAACGAUUACAUUCGUGGUAGUUUUAAGGUUGCUAUGGUGCACGAAAAACUUAGAGAAAACCGUCUACGCUGGUACGGACACGUGAUGAGACGGGAUGAUGACCAUAUGACUAAAAAAGUUAUGAACAUAGAAGAGGGGAAGAAAGGCCGUGGACGACCACCAAUAACCUGGCUGCAAACACUAAAAAACGACCUGAAAUCUACUAACAUAUCAGAAAGGACAACCCACAAUCGCACGAUGUGGCGCAAGAUUACUAGGAGGGCUGACCCCAAUUAA